GGCAGCACCACCUGUUGACAGUCGGUUCGCUGCGUGUGUAGAUACAGCUCGGGGCAUACUUUGUGGCGCGAAUCGAGAGGCACUUUCCUGCCAUAUGGCAGUCUAAAUUGGCGCUAUCCGUGUGUUCAAUUAGCCAAAAGUGAGCUUGCCAUGUCGGAGAAGUCACCACGUGGUCAGACCCACGCUCGGUCAGAGUCCCAAUGCCAGAAACCAUCGCAGGCCCAGUCCCAGCCCCAGGCACAAAUACAGGCAGCUGCCCAGCUAAAUGCCGCGGGCAGACGGAGCUCCACGCCCCAGGCUAAUGGCUCCUCCAAUCGCUGCCUGAUUGCCGUGAUUGUCUACCUGGCCCUGCUGCUAGAUAACAUGCUGCUAACCGUAAUUGUGCCCAUUCUGCCGGAUUACUUGGCCGGCCUGGAGUCGGAUUCCUCUUCACCGAUCGUGCUUAGUGUGGAGGACACAUCCCCGUCCUCGAAGCUCGUGUAUAGGGGCUCAGAGUCCCCGCCAGGUGGUCAUCCUCAGCUGUAUAUUGCCAAGCAUCCUAUACCCGGCAAAUCGAUGGUCAAUUUUACCCUGUUCCAGCUGUCCACAGAGGCGGCCACUUCUACCACGACUCUGCCUCCUUUCAUGCACAAUUCCACCUCAAAACCCACAUCCGCAAUUUCGCUUUUGAAGCCUUCAGACGGCCAGUCGGCUGGCACUAAUUCGUCCAGGAGCAGAAGCCGCAAGGUGGCGGCCCCGCCCGACAACAAGGAACUGACCUUGACGCAGGAGAACGGCUCCAUUGGCCUGCUGCUGGCCAUGAAGGCCCUCGUCCAAUUAAUCUUCAAUCCGAUUGUAGGCAACGCGUCCAGCAAGUUUGGCUACCGCCUACCGAUUGUGGUCGGCACCUUCUUUCUGCUCCUCUCCUCCCUGGUGUUUGCCAUUGGCGAAACCUACUGGGCACUCCUGGUGGCCCGAGCGAUUCAGGGCGUGGGCUCGGCUUGCAUCAACAUCUGCGGCAUGAGCUUGGUGGCCCAGCACUAUCCGGAGGAGGCGAGGCGCUCCAAGGUGAUGGGCAUCAUCCUGGGUAGUAUAGCACUGGGCGUGCUGCUCGGCUAUCCCUUCGGUGGAAUCCUGUACGAUCUGAUGGGCAAGUCAGCGCCCUUUAUCAUCCUCUCCACGCUGAUGUUCCUGAGUCUGGGUCUUCAGUUGCUGACCAUGGAUCUGUCCGUUCAGCCAGAGGUGGUGGUGGAGGAAACUCCAAAGUGGCGACCCCUCCUCGAGUGCAAAAUGAUCCUGGCCAUUGUGCUGGCCAUAUGGUUUUCCACCUCCACGAUGGCCAUGCUGGAGCCAUGCCUGCCCAUCUGGUUGAUCCAGUAUCUGAAGCCCAACAAGUGGCAGCUGGGCACCGUCUUCAUACCAGAUUCGGUGGGCUACUUUGUGGGCACCAAUUUCUUUGGCAGCAUCGCCUAUAAAUACGGGCAGGUGAAGGUGUCCUGCAUUAGUCUGCUGCUGGUGGGAGUAGCCUCCAUUCUGAUCCCCAGUGCGACAACUGUUGCCCAACUUUUACUCCCCCAUUUCGCCUUGGGUCUAGGCAUAGGAGUUAUCGAUGCAGCUCUUGUCCCCCUGCUGGCCACCUUUGUGGAUGCCACGCUUUCCCAGGAGGAGCACAGCGAGGGCAGCAGCUCCAUGUCCAGCUACGGCACUGUCUACGCCAUCCAACAGACCUCCGUUAGUUUAGCCUAUUGUCUGGCUCCCCUGAUCGGAGGUGAGUUGGCCCAGACCUUUGGUUUCGCCUGGCUGAUGCGGAUCGUGGGCAUUUUCAACAUGAUCUAUGGCCCCAUUCUGGUGUAUUUGUACCAGAAAUACGAUCCCAAGGCCCUGAGGGAGCAACACAAUGACAUGUUGCUCCAAAGCAGCGGAGGUGGAUCUCGAUACAAGCAGCUGUACAACUCAAUGGAUGUGGAAUAAGCUCCUCUGUCCAGAUCUUCACAAAAUCUCAAGCAAUGUGCAGAGAGUUACUUCUUGAGUGUCCAAUUUUGGGCGUUCCUAGGGCUCACUUUAAGCAAUAUAUUUCGAGCUGAUUUCUAGAAACCCAUUAAAAAGGAUAAUCACACAAUACUUUUCCAUUACAAAAUCGAAUCUCCUUGAA